AUGCCGUACAUUAGCCAACGCUCACAGCAUCGGCGGAUCCUCUUUUACGGCCUUGUCCCUCUACUUGUCCAUCAGAUCGCCAUUAUUACCCUCAAUUGCGGCGUCACGUCUCCCCGUCUGCUAAGCGCUACGGGUAUCUUUGCUAAUUACGCACUAUUCUUCUUCUUGGCUGUGCGGCAGGACGGCCUUGCCAUCAAGUCUGUUGCUCGUCAAGUUGGAUAUCUUGACGGAGAUGUGCACCCGCGAGACCGCAUCCCCCGUGGAUCCAAAACGAAGGUGUUUUUGUCGUUGCCUGCAUUGAUUAGUCUUCGGACAGCAAUGACACUCGUUGUGGCUUACAAUCCAUCGUCACAGCCAAUCGGCAGUCUUAGUCGCCCAGGUUGGUGGGUUUGGUUGUUCUUCAACAUCAGUAUCUACUGCAUUAUUUUGGAUUUUUGGUAUUACUGCGCUCACCGAGCUUGUCACGAGAUUCACUCCUUAUGGAAGUUUCACAGCUUACACCAUACCACAAAGCAUCCUAUAAUGCGUCUCGCAUCUUAUGCAGACCUUGAGCAAGGGAUUUUUGAUAUAUGCGUGGCGCCAUUACUCGCGUAUCUUACAAUGCGCGUGGCGAAUAUACCUCUUGACUUCUACUCGUGGUGGAUCUGCCUACAAUAUGCGGCACACUCAGAAACUGCUGGUCACAGUGGGAUGCGCGCAUACUUGACGGCACCCCUGACAUUCUCGGGGGCCCUGCAGUCAUUAGGCGUGGAGAUUGUCAUUGAAGAUCACGAUCUUCAUCAUAGGAAGGGAUACAGGAAGACAUGCAACUACGGAAAGCAGUCACGGCUCUGGGAUCUUGUAUUUGGUACCCGAGGUGAGCGGCUUGAGACAAUUCCGGCUAAUUUAGAUUGGAAUUGGGGGAUAGAUCUGCCGCUCUUUGGGGCUUAUCAAGGGCAAGAUGGAAAAACAUGA